CGUUCUGCGCCAUGAGAAUGGAUCCAGAGCAAAACGGAGAAAAAGACACUACCCUGGAUUUGGACUCGGAGCCUGAGAGUCCUUUAACACCUCCUGCAGAUCUAUUAGAACCACUGGGCCAUUAUGAAUGGACUUUUUGUGAUCACAGCAGGAAAAAAAUAGUUCCACCUCCCGAUGUGAUGAGAAAGUUCAGUGAGCAGAGAAACAGUCCUGUGCUCCUGGAGUGCAGGAUCCCAAGGAUGACAGAGGACAUGGCUAGGAAUAUGCUCCGCAGCUUUGUCCAUUCCAAAUGUUGCUAUGGCAACAGAGCUGCAGAAGAGCUAGUCAUCCAGGAACUGAAGCAGCAAACAUUUUACAGAUAUCGUCUGGAGACCUUUAAUGAAACAAGAUUAAGUGAAUGGAAUUUUGAACCUUAUACUAAUAAUUUGGUAGAUGGGCCACAAAAUGGUUCAUCUCCUCGACUGUGGGACAUUAACGUCCAAGGUCCACUGAUGUUUCAGGAAGAUACAAAGAAGUGUCGUGUACCUCAUUCUUCUUUAGUCAAGGAAUGCCACAAGUGUCAUGGCCGCGGCCGAUACAAAUGUAGUGGCUGCCAUGGUGCAGGAAGGAUGAGGUGUGUUACAUGUAGUGGAGCCAAACAUAAAACAAAGCAUCAGAAGCAUCAGAAACAUCAGAAACGGUGCCAGAUGUGUUCAGGUACUGGCCGGAAAAGGUGCAGCACUUGUUCUGGAAGAGGCAACAAAACCUGUGCAACCUGCCAAGGGGAGAAAAAGUUGCUCCACUUCAUCCAGCUGCUAAUAACUUGGAAGAACAAUGUUUAUGAAUUCAUUUCUGAGCAUCAGUCAAAGUUUCCACGAGAACUUCUCAGUAAAGCCAUAGGAGAGAACAUAUUUAAAGAUGAAAACACACUGGUGUAUCCUCUUGUUGGCUUUCCUUAUCCGGAGAUCUCUCUGGCAUCACAAAGAGCUAUUGCAGAGCACAAUGCAGCAUUCACUAGCACAUCUCGCAUUCUACAGCAGCGUCAGACCAUUGAGCUGAUUCCUGUCACUGAGGUUCACUAUCAAUAUGCAGGGAAGACAUACCUUUAUUAUGUCUAUGGAAUGGAGAACAAGGUACAUGCCCUGGACUAUCCAGAGAGGUACUGCUGUGGCUGUACCAUCAUCUAACAGUGGAAUGUCUUGCAAAAUGGAUUCCCUUAAUACAAAACAAGCAAUUCUUAUGGCUCGCUUAUUAACAUGUGUGCAAAUGGCUGUCCCUCUUCAUGCCAGCAAGAGCAUUUUGCAAGCUUUUGAGUUGACAUAGGCCUGGCAUCAGAAGGCAGUCCUUAUAGACUCUCAAGUUUUCUCUAUGCUCCAGUUUCAAUAACUCAUACAACUGUGUCCCUUUUGAAUAAAACAGUUGAAGUUUUUUUUUCCUAGAAAGAGUAACUUUAGGAAGAAAACAUGAACAUAGAAACUCUAGAAAAAGUUGCAUCUAGAAUAAAACAAGCAGAUGAAGCAAAGUGCUACAAAAGCACAGUUUGCAAACUACAGUACAUGUUGAUUGCUAUUGCUAUGAUUUGCUUUAGAAAGCAAGGAGAUUGAUAGAUUUUGCUUAGAGCACAGUACAGAAACUUGCAUUUUGUAGAGAAAUAUGUAGUAUUUUAUUGAUGUGCAGCCUUACAGCUGGAUUUUAACAUGUUUUCUAUUCAAAUGCCAAGCAGUGUAUAUUAUAUUGAGCACAGGGUAUUUUUCUGUAAAGAAGACAAAUAUUAUGUAAUAUUUCUCAGAUUUCAUUUUGCUGUGCAUAAUGUCUCACUAGAUAGGGAAGGAGCAACAGCUAGACAGCUGGAGCAUGCGCAUGUUCAGGUCCCUUUCUCAUGCACAAAUGUGGUAACCCUUUUCAGGCAUUCAGUCUAUGGCUAUUCACACUCAUUUAAAAGUCAGACUAGAGCCUAGGUGUGUUUUCCUAGCCUGGAAAAGCAAGGUUCCCCAAAGCAUGGAAAAUAUACAUGUAGGUUCUGUGCAAGCUUUCAAAGGGAUGUGUGAGACUGGGAACAGGGAGAGCAUGUGAUCCUAUGUGUAUUGGAAUAAUGUAUGAAAAGGAUUAUUACCUGCUUGACAAAUAUAUUACUGUUACUAAAACCAAGUACCUCAGUGUUCCCACAUGUAUCAAUGAACAAUUACUUUAAUGUGCUACAAAACUGCAGCACAAAAUCCCCAUGUUUGUAAUGUAUGAAAUGAUCUUAUCUUGCUUACCCAUGUUAUUUCAACCUUUCCUCUUUCCUGCUUAUGAUAUACAGGGAAAUAAUAAACUGAAAUGUUUGUUUGUU